AUGCGGCCCGCUCCGGUACUUCGGCCGUCGAGUGUCUCGCGUGUCUUGCGUCCGCGUCGCCUCGCCAGCUUCCACCGAUCUGUCUCUCAGCGGGCCAACCGUUCCGUUGCCGAGCUACUACAGUGGAGGCCCGACAAGGCGGAGGAUGUGACCGUCAACGGCUUCGUCCGGUCCGUCCGGUCAAUGAAAGCUCAUCAAUUCGUUGCUCUCGGUGAUGGCUCUUCGCUGGCUCCUCUACAGGCCCUCGUCCGGGCCGACCGCGCCGAAGAACGUUCCCCAUUUCAAAAGAAAUACCAGACACCUGAGUUAUCUCCGUACUAUGCCGCACUUGCGGCCGAGAACUUCCAGUCAAUACCGUCCUUGCUGAGACUGCGCUCCGAAGCCAUCGCAUCCUUGACUCAGUUCUUUGCAGGGCGAUCCUUCACUCAAACACACCCACCCAUCAUCACAUCGUCGGAUUGUGAGGGCGCCGGUGAGGUCUUCACGGUGACGCCGGCCAAUGACACGCCUGUCCCGGCUGACAAGGACGCCUCCGAAGACUCUUUUUUCCGCUCCAAAAAGUAUCUCACUGUCUCGACCCAGCUCCAUCUAGAAGCCCUCGCGCAAGCCGUCGGCAAUGUCUGGACCCUCUCGCCCGUUUUCCGCGCCGAGAAGAGCGACACCCUCGAGGCACCUGAGCGAGUUUUACAUGCUUGA